AGGUUCUCCGCACUCGAUACACAACGGCGUCGUGUUAGCGUACCGCGGAAAGCUCUAAUUUCCCCCUUCGUUGGUCUACUUUCCUCGGAGCACCAGCUUGUUGCUUCUGCUUCUUCUACUUCUUUCUUUAGCAUUCCGAAUCCCCCGAGCAAAUUCCCAAUUCGAUUCUGUAAAAUUCAGAGUCUGAUAACCUCACCACCGGUAGAAACACUCGCAUCAUGAGCCGCUAUGACAGCCGCUCCGGCGACCCCACAUCCUACCGUGACCGCAGAAGCGAUUCGGGGUUCGGUGGGUCUGCAGGCAAAAGUGGCUCAGUUCGGUCCUCAUCUAGCAGGAAUACUUACGUUGGUCUGGAGCCACCGAAGAAGUUGGAUUUGGAUGGGUUGACUCCUUUUGAGAAGAACUUCUAUGUCGAGUCGCCAUCAGUGGCAGCAAUGUCGGACAGGGAGGUUGAUGAGUAUCGAAAACGAAGGGAAAUUACUGUUGAAGGCCGUGAUGUUCCAAAACCUGUCAAGAGUUUUCGUGAUAUUGGAUUUCCAGAUUAUGUCAUGCAAGAGAUUACGAAAGCUGGCUUUGUGGAACCCACUCCUAUUCAAGCUCAAGGAUGGCCAAUGGCUUUGGAGGGCCGUGAUCUCAUUGGUAUUGCUGAAACAGGGUCAGGGAAGACACUUGCCUACUUGUUGCCUGCCAUUGUCCAUGUUAAUGCCCAGCCAAUUCUAGCUCCUGGAGAUGGCCCAAUUGUGUUAGUAUUAGCUCCAACACGUGAACUUGCUGUCCAAAUACAAAAUGAAGCAACUAAAUUUGGUGCAUCAUCAAAGAUUAAAAACACGUGCAUAUAUGGUGGGGUUCCGAAGGGACCUCAAGUGCGUGAUCUCCAGAAAGGUGUUGAAAUUGUUAUUGCUACACCGGGGAGGUUGAUUGAUAUGUUGGAAUCACAUCAUACAAACUUGCGGAGGGUUACGUAUCUUGUGUUGGAUGAGGCAGACCGGAUGCUAGACAUGGGUUUUGAGCCUCAAAUUCGAAAACUUGUUUCUCAGAUUCGCCCAGACCGUCAGACUUUAUACUGGAGUGCCACCUGGCCUAAGGAGGUUGAACAACUUGCUAGGCAGUUCCUUUACAACCCGUACAAGGUGACAAUAGGGUCUUCGGAUUUGAAAGCUAACCAUGCCAUACGCCAGCAUGUGGACAUUGUUUCUGAGAAUCAGAAAUAUAACAAAUUGGUGAAGUUGCUGGAGGAUAUCAUGGAUGGCAGCCGGAUACUGAUCUUCAUGGAUACAAAGAAAGGAUGUGAUCAGAUCACUCGGCAGCUUCGCAUGGAUGGUUGGCCAGCCCUCUCAAUUCAUGGAGAUAAAAGUCAGGCAGAAAGGGAUUGGGUCCUGUCGGAGUUUAAAGCUGGCAAGAGUCCUAUAAUGACUGCAACAGAUGUUGCAGCUCGUGGUUUAGAUGUGAAGGACGUGAAAUAUGUGAUAAACUACGACUUUCCAGGUUCACUUGAGGACUAUGUUCAUCGAAUUGGUCGAACGGGAAGGGCUGGGGCAAAAGGAACUGCAUACACUUUCUUCACAGCUUCAAAUGCCAGAUUUGCGAAGGAACUCAUUAGCAUACUGGAGGAAGCUGGUCAGAAGGUCAGUCCUGAAUUGGCAGCAAUGGGGAGUGGUGCACCUCCCCCGAUAGGUCAUGGGAAUUUCCGAGAUCGGGGGAGGGGUUAUGGUGGUGGUCGCUCUUGGAACUAAUUAAUGAAGGUCAACUAUGAGCUUGAUGGCUAUGGAGAAAAGCUUCGCUACAAGCGGCGAAGCCUGGCACGUUGUACUUGGUGUGGCAGAACUAAGGAUGAUUUGUGUGACUGGAGCCUGGAGGGCAGGAGUUUAGUUUCCAUGUCUGUCCAUUGGACCUCCAUUUCCUGUUGAUUUUUUGGUCAACUCCUAGGAGACUAACUUUAGGGUCUCUCUCUCUCUCUCUCCAUUCACUGUAGGUUGUAUUCGAGCGUGAAAGACAAACAUUUGUUUAUAUCAGCGAAUUGAAGUUUUUGAGGACGAAUGCAAUAGAACUUGGAAAAAAUAGUCUUUCUAGUUUCAA